AUGGUGUCCAGGGAUUUUCAGCAUCGCUUGAAGAAAUCACGUCAGGAUGCGACAGCGAGAGAGAGACGGCGCGUUGCAAAACUGAAUGGGGCUUUUCUGGAAUUACAGAAGAUAUUGCCAGCUAAACUUUUCAGAAACAAGACUCCCAGUAAAUUGGAUGUUUUGCGAGCAGCUAGCACUACCAUCCGAACAUUGGGAAACUGUCUCGCUGAGAAGUCAUCGACGUCACCAAGUGCCAUACCAAGUCUACCAACACCAAUGAACAUGGGAUUAUGUGGACCAACACCAAACAUGCAAUCAGUCUGGCAUCGGGCAUUCCCAAUCACUGUUAAGCAAGGAUUUAAUUCACACCCAGUAACCCACAUUAUCUACAACGCAUUCGAUUCGGAUUUCUCUGACAGCAAGAAUGCAAAUGCACUACGAUCGUCGGGAGACUUCACGGCUGACUAUUUGGAUGAAUUCUCCGAAGACGACGUGUCUGGGUAUGUGCCACCGCUAAAGGAAGAUGUAGCGAAUCUGCCAAAAGCCAACGUGUACUGGAAAUAA